AUGUACCAUAUCUAUCUAUCUAUCUAUCUAUCUAUCUAUCUAUCUAUCUAUCUAUCAUAUAAAACAAUACACGCAGUACAAAAAAAUUCUGUCUGUGAUAUAUCAUCUGAUAUGGACGUUUGCAUUAUCAGUGAUGGAGAUUCCGAACAAGAAACACGAUGUUCUGAUAGUAUUUGCAUCAAAAUCAACAAAACAAAUGAAUUCAGUUGUAAAAAAAUACCUGAUGCAAAAAAUAAAACUGCAAACGUCUAUCCUGUGUUGUGGAAUGAUAACCUUUUAUUCGUCAACGAAAACAUGGUUUUCGAAUUACAGAAUUCCAGUUUGAAGGUGUCGAAUAAUCACAGGAUUGCAAUGGAUAACCUGACAAGACUUUGUUAUUUAAAAACAAUGGAAAUGUCUGCUGAGCCUCAAAAAGGUUUCAUGGCUGGCGGGGUGAGAAUCGAAAUCACAAUCAAAAUCAAUCAGAUUUAUAAAGAAUUAUCUCUAGUUAUGGAACCGAUGAACAAAACAUGCAAAAAAGAAAACACAAAUACCCCAGGUAAAAUAUAUUGCAUUUCGCCUGAGGUCAAGUCCAAAAAAGCAAACCUGACAUUUAUUUCGAAUUAUGUGAAAUAUUUCAAACCAUUUGAGUAUCUUGAAAAUCCAGAUGUUGAAUUGACUGGUUCAAACUCAAGUUAUUACUGGGGUGGACGCCUGCUGACAUUUAAAAUGAAAAACACGCCUGACAUACAUAGCGCUGAAAUUCUUUCUUCAAAUUUUUCAGACGUGGGUGAUCAUGGCUCUCUACAACUUCCUGUUUCUUUUUCGCUCCAAGCCAGCAAUUGUAGCUUAAAAAGCAAAAAAAUAGAAUGCUUUUCCCCAAAUAUAAGCAUUCAAAAUAAUGUCUCAAAUUCAUCAAUUGAAAUUCCGGUAGUUUUGCAAUUGGAUACCUAUAAAGAAAACGUAACGAUAGUUUAUUAUCCCGACCCGGAAUUUGAGGAAAAAGCGUCAAUAAAAGACAAAGUUAUCAAAAUCAAGGGAAAACGUCUCAACAAUGCUGCUGAGAAAGAAGAAUACAAAAUUAUUGCUGGGACGGAGAAUUGUACGAUAGAAAUUUUAAAAAAUGACUUGAUUACAUGUAAAAUCCAAACGGAAAAUUUCGAAGGUUCUGUCAAUGUAACUCUUCAUUCAAAAACCCAGACGUUAACUCUUGAAAAAAUAUCAAACUAUAACUUUCUGUUUUAUCUGCUUUUAAUUCCUGUCGCUGCGAUUCUGGCGAUUUCCAUCUUUGGAAUUUGGUAUAAAAGUAAUGGUCGAAGAAAGAGCAGAACCUUUGAUUAUACAGACGAUUAUACUGGGCAGGUAAUAUCAUUGAUUGUGCGACAAGGCAUUCCAUUUCAGAAACCGUCGGAUUACAUCAAACGGAUCCUUUGGACACACAAACCUCCAGGCAACAUGCGUUAUGACAAUGAAACUAUAUAUCAGGAUCUGAAACAAAACUUGGAUAAAUUUGGACAUUUGCUGAAGAAUAAAUUCUUUUUGCUUCCCACAUUGAAAGCUUUGGAAAAAGACAAAUCUUUAACUCUUGAUCAGAAAUUUAUCUGUUCGUUCCAUUUGAGUAUUCUGUUUUCGUCGGACCUGCGCUACUUUCUUGAGUUAUGCGAAGAUCUCUUUGUUCAUUUAGCAUCUCAGAUUAAAGGCGCCAAAAAGAAGAAACUGAUGUGGAGCUGUUCCAGCAUAACCGAAUACAUGAUUUUAAACUGGUUUGGUGUCACAAUGUAUUCCUUUAUGAAGGAAAAUAUUGGCGAUAUACUCUACUUUUUUAUUUAUGACUUAAAGAGUCAUUUGGAGAAAAUGCCAAUUGAUGAAGUUACGGGAAACGCUUAUCAAUAUCUGUUUGAAAAAUAUCGACUGAAGAUGAACACAAAAUAUGAAGAAAUUCAAAUUCAAGCUCAAAUGGGAAGAGAGAUAGAAAUGGUGUCCGUUUUCACCUGUGACUCCAUUGUACAAUUGAAAAAGAAAUGCAUAGCUGCAUUCUACCGGGGACAGACAGCCUCAGAAAUUCCAGAUAUUGAUGAUGUCUGUGUUGAGUACAACGGAAUUAGAAUUGAAGAAUUCAAGGAGGAAAACAGCACGAACUUUACACAGCACCUGACAAUAGAUAACUGGAAUAUUCAAGAAGAUGAUUUGUUAAAACUUACCAUUUCCAAGGUGCCUCAAGUAACAGAAGCGAACGCCGAUGACAGAUCAAUAUACAACUCUAUCUAUCUAUCUAUCUAUCUAUCUAUCUAUCUAUCUAUCUAUCUAUCUAUCUAUCUAUCUAUCUAUCUAUCUAUGUAA